AUGGCUUACAGCUGUAGUACAUCCUUAUUCAGUCAGCUCCAGCUUCGCGCGCCUGUGGCUCCUCUACCAAUCGCAAUCGAAUUCCGCACUAGAACAAUUAAGGCUGGUCAGGCGAACGAAGUCAGCAACUCAGACUUGGCAUAUCGCGCGAUCGAGGAGAUUCGCGCCGUGUUUGACAGGUUCGCACACGCAGCAGCAUCUGUUCCUGCCAUGGCGCCCCGCUUGUCUGGCGAUGCUGCGAAGGGUGACCCUUUCGAGACGCUAGUGGAGGAAAUUGUUUCCGCAAAAGACGGAAAGAUCACUCUCUAUGGAGUCGGACGAGAGGGCCUGAUGAUGCGAGCUCUGGCCAUGAGACUGUACCAUCUAGGCCUGCAGGCCACCGUCGUGGGUGACAUGUCCUGCCCUCCCAUUGGUCCAGGAGACCUCCUCCUUGUCAGCGCCGGACCAGGCCGCUUUUCCACUGUUGAGGCUCUUCUGGGGGAGGCUAGAUCUGCAGGAGCCAGGACUGCAGUCAUCACUGCACAGCCGGAAGGGGAUUGUGCCAGGCUGGCAGAUCGUGUGGUGGAAGGCGAAGGGGUGGACGCAGGGGAGCAUGGGGGUGGGGAAGAGAGAGGGCGAGGGCAACACGAGGCUGUUGGGAGAGGGCAGGAAUGGGAAGGGGUGGACACAGGGAAGCAUGGGGGAGGGGAGGAAGGUAUAGAGGUGAAUGCUGGCAGGGAAGGCGAAGGGGUGGACGCAGGGGAGCAUGGGGGAGGGAAUGACGGCAUGAGCUUGGGAGGGGAUGAUGAUGAUAUGAUGCGCAUGUUGGUGGGGAGGAUUGACUGGGAGACGGUCGACAGGGUGGCUUCUCAGGGUCUGGGAGGCAGUAGUGCGGUUAUGAAACACCGUGCUCAUCGUGAUGCUUAUCAUGCUGCUCGUCGUGACGCUCGCCGUGCUGCUCUCCGUGCUGCUCGUCGUGACGCUCGCCGUGCUGCUCGUGCUAGUGGUGGUGCUGGUGCUGUUGCUGAUGCUGCUGCUGCUGCUGCUGCUUCUGGUGGUGAUGCCGCUGCUGAUGGUGCUGAUGCUGUUGCUGAUGCUGAUGCUGAUGCUGAUGGCGCUGCUUCUGCUGCUGAUCCAAACACCGGUCACAAUGCCCCUGAUAUCCCUACCACGCCUCUGCUCAUGACCGCUCAUGGGCUUGUGAAAGAGCACGAGCUACACGGCAUGGUGGCAUGUGCGGAUGCUGCUGUUCCAAACAACGCCCCCGCUACUGCUACCACACCCCUGCUUGUGCCUCCUCGUGCCCCUGACGCCACGCCUCUGCUCAUGACCGCUCAUGGGCUUGUGAAAGAGCACGAGCUGCAUGGCAUGGUGGCAUGUGCGGUGCAUGCGCGUCUGCUGUACCAUCUGGUGGGGAGGGACCCCCAGGGGCGGACAGCACGCAGUGAUUUCGAGGGGCCGCAUGGAGGGACGAUCCAACAGUACUUCCAGAACCAGUACGGCAUAUCGCUGCAGUAUCCCGACCAGCCGCUGUUCACUGCAUGCCGGUUCAAGCCAGAGCUGCAAAACGCGGUGCUGAUGCUGCAGGCACCACCAGAAUGUGAGUGUGCCGCUGUUCACUCUGCAUCUCUCCCUGUGUCGCUCUAUAUAAACACCAGUCCACAAUGCUGA